AUGACCAAGACACCAGCGUCCAACCCCCCCGCGAUGCAGACUCAAUCCAUGGCCAAGGCCAUGGAGCUCGUCGACGACCCGAUGCCUCCGAUGCCGGUCCCCAGGCCUCGAAGCUACCCGUUCGUAGACAUCGCCACGUCGCAGGUACAUCGUCUAGCUCAUACUAGAUCCAGUCUCAGAUCCAGGGACAACUCACGGGCAGAGCGUGAUGACCGCGGCCUAUUCGCCGACGACACCGCAGCCGAGGACGACCGUGCCGACGAGCGCGAGCGCGAGCGCUUCCGCGCAUAUCACUACUUCGACAGCGCCUACCCGGACCACUCCCUCCGGGUCGAAUACUCCGACGACCCCCGCUAUCCUGCAGGCGAGUACCCCGAGGGCGCGUACCCGACCGACGCAUAUCUGGCAGACGAUGAAUCAGGGUCUGAGCAAUUCGAUGGCCACGACGACGACGACGACGACGACGAGGGACUGUACCUAGAUCCGCCCGCGAAUUUCCUGUACGAUGACGAUGAAGACAGCGCAGACGAAGGCUGGGGCUCGGAGACGGACGAGGACGAGGACGAGUCUGCGGCUCGGGAGUUUGCAGACACUCGUGACGAACAGCCAACUACCAAGGCCGGGGACGAGGCCAGAGAUACAGAAGGUCUGGAGACAGAUCCAGAUGCAGCGGCGGCAGCGGCGGCAGCGGCGACGGCAACGGCGACUCCCCCUAAAGCCAGAGCCCAAGGAGAUGCAGGAGAUAUCAAUCUCCACCACCACAUCGACGCUCCUCAGACGCCGAAUCUCGUACGGCAUGCAGUUUUUGCAGCAGCCGCGUGCGUUGGCCUGAUGUACGCGUGGAAUUGGGCUUUGAAUAGACCCAGGCAGCUUCCCCUUUGGAAUGAUGGGGAACAUUGA